UGUCCAGGCCAAGACCAGCGAAGGUUUGAAAGCUUCAGAGAGAGCCGCUGGAGGGACACACAAAAGCCCUUUGUCCAGGCCACGUGGUUUCCUGGAGGGAUGCCCUAGACACCGACUCCUCCCUGAGGGGCUUGGGGUGGGGUCCCAACACAGAGCUGGUGGCCUCAACAGCAGGAGGAACACUGUGCACCAAGGUUAGAUGCAGCUCCAGAAAUCUCCCCUGAAAGAAAGGAAGCAGCCCGGAAUUGUGGGGUACCUGGGCACAUCCUCGGGAGACUACAGGGUCUUCUCACCAUCCCAGUGGGGGAAUGGUCACUCCUGAUCUCAGAGGCUGUGUUUGCAGUAACUUGUAAUAAAUUAUAAAUUUAGAGGCAACUCUCAAAACAAUCCUAGUCACCCCCCCCCCCCCCCCAAGUGCCAGUGACUGUAGAGAUGGAUGGACCACCACAGGGAGGGGAACCUCUGGGGUGAGCCUGUGAGAUCCGACCCUCCCCAACACAUACGGAAAAACUGACAUUAUUCACUUAAUACAGAUUUCCUCCUUUGUGACUUGGGGACAUUAAGAAAUCUUCCCUCCCAGGUGAGGAUUAAGCCGUUCCUGAUGACAACUGUGUUAGCUGUCCAGAAGCACCUCCAGUCCCUGUGCGGCUAGGGAGCCCGCGGGCUAUUCUGCCACACGCUGCUGACUCCAGAAGCCUAGGACCUGGGCCCGUGAGACCACAGCUAUGGUGGGCCCUCGGCACCCAGUGUCAGUCCGUGCAGCAGCUCUGGUGCAGAUAGAGAAGCUCCAAAUGUUCGCCUUCUCUGUGUGCUGGUCGGAUGACAGCAACACCUUGGUGCGGAGGAGCUGGGACGAGUUUAAGAGGCUCCAUAAGAUCCUCAAGGAGACCUUCCCGGUGGAGGCAGGCCUGCUGCGGAGAUCCGACCGAGUUCUCCCCAAACUUCCAGACGCAUCUACAUCACUGUUGGCGCGUGGGGGGCGCAAAGGCCGUGGCCUGGCGCGCCUGCAGUUGCUGGAGGCCUAUUCUCAGGCGCUGCUGGAGGCAGAGCAAGUAUCCAGGGGGCCGUUGCUCACCGCCUUCUUCGAGCCACAGCUCCAGGACCUGGAGCCUUCACUACCACUUGGCAGCCUGGUGAUCCUGCCCGUCCUGGAAGAGCCCCCACCUCGCCCUGUGGGCAGUCUUGCCAUAGGCAGCCUGGAGGCUCUGCGCCUGCACUGUCUGCAGCCCUUCAGUACCCAGGAUACACGGGGCCAACCCUUCCAUGCGCAGGCCCAGGAGGCCCUAGAUGUGCUGCUGCGACACCCCUCAGGUUGGUGGCUGGUGGCUAAUGAAGACCAGCAGACAGCAUGGUUUCCUGCUCCCUACUUGGAGGAGGUGGCCCUGGGCCAAGGACAAGAUGGGAGGCAGCCCUUAAGGAGUAGUGGCUCCCAGUUCUGUGCUUCCCAAGCCUACGAAGGCAGCCGGGCCGACGAGCUGUCAGUGCCUGCGGGGGCAAGAGUGCGCGUGCUGGAAAUGUCGGACCGCGGCUGGUGGCUGUGCAGGUUCGGUGGCCGCACAGGCCUUCUCCCCUCUGUGUUACUGCAGGCAGAUGGGCUCGGCACGCUCCUGAAUGGACCGGGGCUCCCUUCUGGGGCAGAGGGUGGCGAGAACAGGGCGGGGGAGGCCCAAAGCUCCCCCAAGUCCCCCCAGGUCAUGACACUUCCUCCUACUGUGCCAGCCCGCCCCCUGCUGAGUGCCAUUCAGAACCGCUGCUGCACCAUCACCCGUAGGGCACUGGGGAGGGACCCCCGGAGUCAGGGACAUCCUUGAGGGUGUGUGGAACCGCAUGGAGAGUGCUGUGUACCCCACAGCUGGAGCGGCCCGGCCAGAGGCUCCAGACCCCGGGGAAGACUGAUGGCAGCCACACCGCCCCCAGGGCAGGGGGAGGGUGGGACUCUCUGGCUGGCAGGGCCAGGAAGCUACACUCUCCCAUUUCCUCUGAGUGAAGAUCUGAUUAACCCACACUCAGUGUCCACGCUGAGGGGCAGGGCCUGUUGGAUUGCACAGGCCAAGGCACAGGGGCGGUGUUUGGCCAAGGUUGUAGCCUGGGACCUGGGGUGAGACAAAACCAAACCGACAGAGGGAACUGGGAUAAAAACUCUGGUGUUUCAACAAAAAACAAAAAUAAAAAACAAACAAACAAAAAA